GUUUCUUUCAUGUGGGCUUGCAUAAUUAGGCUGCAUGGCUUUCAUAGUCCAUAUAAACAGGCUACCAUAGCAACUUACAUGAACAACAAGACUGGCGCUCUAUCCCGGAGGAGACAGUCGUCUGUUUCCAACUCAUGGUUAGGCGAGCUGUAAGGGAAGUACAUGCCCCACGGUCUUAAACCAAUGGUAGCAUGGACUGAGAACUCCUGGUUCGUUGAGACGGUGACUGUAGAAUUUUGAUCAUAUCCUGUCUUCUUUUCAAGUCUUUUCCUUUAGACUACGUGCAGGGUUUAUGCGGGUUGUUCAAAGUGCAAAGGAAACUUGGACAGGAGAGCGUGCACAAUAUUAUACGCUGAUUUCCUGUUGACACACACACAGGUCCAGACGCCAGCCCUCCCAGUCUGCAGUCAUGACGGACCGCUUCGACUGUUUCUACUGCCGCGACGACCUGAACGGCAAGAAGUACAUCAAGAAGGAGGAGAAGCCUGUGUGCAUGCGCUGCUUCGAGAAGUUCUGCGCCAACAACUGCGUCGAAUGCCGUCGCCCCAUCGGGGCUGACUCGAAGGAGCUGCACCAUAAGAACCGUUACUGGCACGAGGCUUGCUUCCGCUGCGCCAAGUGCUACAAGCCCCUGGCCAAGGAGUCCUUUAGCACCAAGGAUGACCGCAUCCUGUGUGGGAAAUGCAGCUCCCGCGAGGAUGCUCCACGUUGCCAUGGCUGCUACAAGCCCAUACUGGCAGGCUCUGAGAAUGUAGAGUACAAGGGCAAUGUGUGGCAUGAGGAGUGCUUCACCUGCUACCAGUGUAAAAAGCCCAUCCGCUCCCAGAGUUUCAUGACCAAGAACGACAACGUGUACUGCACCCACUGCCAUGAGAGGAAGUUUGCUAAGCAUUGCGCUAGCUGUAAGCAGCCCAUCACCACUGGAGGCGUGAACUACCAGGACCAGCCCUGGCAUUCAGACUGUUUUGUCUGCACCAAGUGCAGGAAGCCCUUGGCUGGGACCCGCUUCACCUCGCAUGAGGAGAAGCCCUUCUGUGUGGACUGCUACAAGAGCACCGUAGCAAAGAAAUGCACAGGAUGCAACAAUCCUAUCACAGGGUUUGGUAAAGCCACAAACGUAGUGAACUACGAGGGCGGCUCGUGGCAUGAGUACUGCUUCAACUGCAAGAAGUGCUCCAUCAAUCUGGCUGACAAGCGCUUCAUCGCUGAAGCCGGCUCCAUCUACUGCUCCGACUGCGCUAAGAAGCUGUGAGCUCAGGCUGAACUGGACCAGAGGCCCUGACGUGCCUUACAGGAUGUGGUGCAAUCAUGUAUAGAAUAUCAGUGUCACGCUUAACAGAUGUCAGUCCUUAGUCGUCCAGAUGGGGUUUUCAUGUAUCAUAUAAAGCUUACUCUGUGAUUUAGGUACUGAUCAUGCCUUCUGCAUCUGAGAUAUGUGUCUCUGUCUUAAUGCAAUAGAGUGCCAAAUGUAUGUUAUCUUGCCCCUUUAUCAAACAGUGUUGAAUGGAUCACUGUUGUUUCUCAGCAGAAUCAUUGAAUAGCCUUAAUCUGUACCCAGGUUUUGUGUCAGUUUAUAAUCGUACUGCACUGAACCCAAAAAUCAACUUUUGUAAUUGUCCAUCUCAACCUAGUCAGGAAAAAUGACCUUUCACCGAUAGUUUAAUGAAACUAAUGGGUGUUUCUCAGUAUGUGCCUUAUGUAUUAUGAGAUAAAACCUCUGUUCUGAUAAAAAAAAGUAAACCUCUGAUUAGGCCAUGUUUUUUUUUUUAUGAACCUUACAAUAAAGUUCAAUAAACUAUACUCUUUUUA